AGACUCAGCUGGGUAACUGGGAGGACUGCUGUUAGUGUAGCUACCAAUGUUAUUUACACAGUCUAAACUCGGCGCACCAUACUCCCCAGUCGACCCAGCUUAUCUGUGCUUAUCUGUUUUACUCACACAUAACUUUGGCAGACAGCUGACCUCACCAACGCUAACAUUGAGCUUCUCCCAGCACUAGCUAGCAGUAGCUAGCUGGAGCCCACAGCAGAGCUAGCAGCAGAGCUAGCAGCAGCUAGGUGCGUAGCAGCGAUGGAGUGGCUGGGUAACGGAGCAACGAUUAACCGAGAGGAAGAGUCGAGCUCAAGUCGACUCAGUGGUGGUUAUCCUCACCAGCAGUCACCAUCAUCGCACGUUUGUGAUUGUGCCAUGGCGUCCCUGUGCCAGAGCCAGCACCGCUGCGUGAAGGCCUCCAUCGUCUCCAGCUGGAGACUGGCAGAGGCCCAGGAUCAGCUGUGCUCUCUAGGAGUCCACAGCUCCGAGUCCCUGGAGCAGGAACGAGCUCGGACUCUGGCUUGCCCCACCGAACUCACGCACACUGAGGAGGAGUGGCGCCGCAAGGAGAGCAUGCUGGGAUGUCAGGAACCCAGCCGCAGUCCUGUGCUUGGAGCUGACAGAAGUUGGGACGUUUUUGAUAAGAGUAUCAUCAAUGUCCCAAAUCAAACUUUAGAAAUGGAUCAGGACAAGUGCAAGACGUUUCUCCAAAAGUAUGACCAAGAGCUCAGGCAUUUUGGUAUGUUGCGGAGAUGGGACGACAGUCAGCGGUUCCUCUCAGACAUGCCUCAGCUCAUAUGUGAGGAAACGGCCAACUACUUAAUUCUGUGGUGCAUGAGACUACAGCAAGAAGGGAAACAAGCCCUGAUGGAGCAGGUGGCGCACCAAGCUGUAGUCAUGCAGUUCAUCCUGGAGAUGGCCACGAACUCUCAGCAGGAUCCCCGAGGCUGCUUCAGACAUUUCUUCCACAAAGCCAAAGAAGGACAAGACGUCUACUUAGAAGUCUUCCAUACAGAGCUUGAGGCCUUCAAACACAGAGUGAAAGAAUACACAGAUAAGUCUAGAGAUGAUCCAUCCAACAAUGUCAAACAACAGAAAACUGGCACAAACUGCAAGCUCGACCCCAAAGAAGCCUCGGACCCUUUACCUCCAGUGGCGGAGUAUCCUAAGAAGCUUUGUUUAGAGGCUGGACUGUGGACAAGCACAGGGAGGUGGACGAAGGAUGACGCUACAGAAACGGACGAUAUACUCAUGAUGGAGACCUCCUAGUGGUUGUAGGAUCGGCCCCCUGCUUUCCCUCCAUCUCCAUCGCCUUCCCAUUUAGGAACAACCUAAAUUUUAAGCCCUCUUUACACAGCAGACCAGGCUGAAUAACAGUAGUGCAAAGCAGGAAUAAAAUGAGACAUGAUCUGUCUUUUAAACUGCAGGAAAUAAUGUUUGCUGAUGACAAACUGAGCUGGUGUCUCUUGCCAGCCAAGCAGACGUGCUGUGCCAUAACCCUGCUUUAACAGAUGGCGUUCUUAUAUCCUUCAAGGUGGUUCAUUUGUAUUUCUCCUGAAACGGAGAAACAUCCUUACGUGGAUGCAAAACAAACUGACAAAUUGAAAAACAACACAAGGAAUACUAAAACAAUAAAAAAACUUUGGGCAGAUAGGUAACCUAACCUAAUGACUGACGUAGGACGCAGGUCAGUGGACUUCCGAGGAGUAUUGUUAUUUUAGCUGCUUAAAAUGAAUCACGAGAAGCACAACUGACAGAAUCAGUGGCUUUGUAUCCUGUGUGGCGAGUGAUGGUUAACGGAGAACGUUUCAUGGACAUUUAUUAAGGCAACGUGUCUUAAAGUAACAUAUGAAAGUACCUGAUCGUGUGUGAGUGUACCGUAUCUACUGUAUAACAGAACGGAGAUGGACAUUCAGCAGGUGUGAUCUGUGGAACAAUUUGAUUUCAAUCAUGAGGGGAAAAAAGAAAGCGAUGCUGUGGUUUUAUGUCUGGAAUGUAAGAGAAGUCUCUUUACCGGUGAGUUUCAGACUUGAUGUCCGUCUCUCCACACCUUUUUGUAUUAUUUUUUUUGCAUUGGUUUACUAAAAGCUAACCUGCUAGCUGUAUGCUAAUGAGCAAACGGUUUGCAUUUAAUGACGUAAUGAAUUUGUAGGAAUACAGUUCCAGUUGUGGUUACUUGGAUUUGUGUUUUCUUCAGCAUUUAACUUUUCAGGCUAAAAAGGAAUUACAAUCUUGGAGGAAAAAGGUCAAUGAAGGAGUUUUGGGUCAGAUUCACCCUGCAGGCCUUGCCUCUCAGACUCACAACUGACAUGCAUGUCUUUAGUGGCACACAACCCACAGGUCUCUAAGGCUCAUUAUGAGGAGAGGAUAAAUAAUGGAAAAUGUGUGUGUGGCUAGUCGGUUAGCUGGCUUAGAGUUUUCUAAAUUAAGCAGACAGCAGGGAUGCUUAUAAUAUUUAGCUUUUGCUGCAAAUGCUGCUCGAAGAGUUGAUUGUUUUUUUGUUUUUUUAACACUUUGCAGGAUUGCAGGCAGAAUGAGGUCAGAGCAUGUUAUAAACUUCAGAAGUGUGACAAUACAUUUCCCAAAAGACUGCACAAGAGUGGUUUUACUGGUUAAGGUUUUCUGAAACAGUAUUCCUACUGUUGUUUGGAGAGGCUUAAAGGAGCAAUUAAAAGUGCUGAGUAAUCGAACUACCACCUUUUACAUCUGUGACAUUCAGAAUUUAUCUAGCAUCUUCACUGUCAGACAAAACACAAAUUCACCCAACACACACAAUGCUUAUGAAAUCACUGUAAAAUCAAUUGAAUUGUCAGUCCACAUACAACAACAGAAGAUGACAGUAAUUGUUGUUCACUCGGCUGCAUCUUCUCAUAUUGUCCUCUGUGACAGAAAUAAUUCAGCCUUUUCAGAACACGUCAGUUGCUUAUUUAUUCAAGCAGCUUACCAUAAAGCACAGACCAAUAAUGUGCUAAAGACAUGAGUGCAUGCUUUUUCAGUAUGUGAUACAAUAACACAACUGACCUUUUAUUACGUGGUAGAGAAAACAUGCAUUCUAGAGGUACAGAGUCAACCUUGAGACAACCUUGGUGUUGAGUGUAAUUGUGAAUUAUCCAUUUCAAUAAUGUUAUCUGGAUGCAAGAGGCAUGCUAAUGUAAGAUAUAAAGAGGGCACUACGUUUGUUUGUUUACUUACUUGGCUACUAUUCAUCAACUAAAUUAUGCUCCUCCUCGAAUGAAUUAUUUAUCAGGCAUUCACACGAUCAAAGUCUCAAAUUUCAACUGGCACACAGGUGAUGGUAAUGAAAGGGUUUACCAGGCCUGUAUGGGUUUUGCGUAUUCAUUUUCUCUGGUUCAGCUUUCCAUCUACAGUACCCAGCAUCUGAAACCCAAUAACAGCCGCCAGUUUCCUUGUACAAGUUCUCUGAGCAGACAGAAGUCAGUGUUGUGUUGGCUAAAGCUCAGAUUCAUCUACACCUGAGAAGGAGCUGAAAAGCACCGCGAUGGAGGGGAGGGAAAAUAAGGGGCUGAGCACUCCACAAAGAAAUAUUUGUAUGCAUAAAGGAACUCUCUGCAUCUGAAUGUGUCCUGCACUUUAUAGUUCUCUGCCGUUAAAAACAGAAAAAAGGUCAAGAUGGAGUUUUUGAAGCACUUGACUUUAUAAUUCUUCCUCCUUCCGUAUUUUGAUUUUGCCACUUUUUUUGUUGUGUUCCCUGUCGUCCAAAAUUCAAAGCAGGCUUUAGAUAAGCCCCGUUUUGAAUUGUAGACAUUUAGUUUUACUUUUUGUGUGCUGUUGUUUGCUGACUUAUUUUUAUUUUUUUAAUCAAAGUGUCCAAGUUAGCUUUCGCCCGAUUUAUCAGGCUUCCAAUUAACUGUCCCCUUGUUUUCGUCUUCUUUUUUUUAACAAGACAGCCAAGAUCAGUGUGAAAAUCUGCUUGAGAAGUAAGAUUUUUACUGCUGACUGGGGAAUUAAAUAUACCAUAUGAUGCAUUAGAGUACAAUGCAUGUGUUGAUGACUUAAAGCUGCAGUGUGAUGCAUUGUUCUGAAGUGCAACUGUCAUUUCACUAAUGGUCAUUUCACAGCUCUACGUCUGCUCUGCACAGUGCUGGUGUCGAUCAGUCUCAUGAAAAACUGCAAGCGUAAACAAAGCUAUUGUUAGCAGUGAAGCUAAAGCAAUGUGCUGUAGUGGUUUAAAAUGUACUUCCUUUUUAUUUUUCUUGUCCAAGGUGACUUAUCCACUAUGCAAAAUAAUUGUAUGGCUUAAGGCUGUUGUACUAAAUCUGUGGCCAAUAUCCAUGGUGUCUCAACGUCCGAAAAUAUAUAUAAUAAACAAAAGUUUUUAGUGAA